CUAUGCCCAUCGCGCGUCUUACUUCAAGAGGGAUUAAGACUCUGGAACUCUGGAACUAAGACACCAUGGUAAAGACCUGCCCAAUGCAAAGACUGCUGUCAUGCUCCGACCAUUUUUUCAGCUUGAUCUUGAAGACUGGCCAUGGAUCCCACUAGGGGGUUUCAGUCGCUGCAAAUACACAGCUCGUGGGCUGACGCGUCUAAGGCACGGAUCUCGAGGGCCAAUGCGUCGCGGGAAAAUAUCCAAACCCACAUGCAAAAACCCCAUUGUUGAGACCCCCAUUAUGCGCCCGUAGCAGCGACCUCUUGCUCCUCAAACGCGUUUCGCCACGGACUAACACGUGAUCCAAUGAGCUGAGGAGAGAAUAAAACCCUGUGUCGCGCUGUGUCUUUCCCCUACUUUUCCCACACGCAGCCCCACCAUGACCCAAGAACCCAACCGCAACACCUCGCUCCUCCACGCUGGCUACCACCACCCCUUGCACAGAACAUGGCAGGCUGGCUCGAAGCUCAAUCCCAGCAUGCUCAUGUACCCCAUCUUUGUCACCGACAAUGACGAUGUCGAGGAAAAGAUCGAAACCUUGCCUGGUCAAUCUCGCUGGGGAGUCAACUUGCUGGUCAACUUUUUGAGGCCCCUGGUUGCCAAUGGCCUCAAAUCGGUCAUCAUUUUCGGCGUGCCAGCCAAGAUCGAAAAGGAUGCUGUUGGAUCUGCAGCAGAUGAUCCCAACACCCCCGCGAUCCGAGCUCUGCAUGUGCUAAGCAAGACUUUCCCGAAUCUGCUGCUUGCCUGUGAUGUCUGCUUGUGUCCGUACACGUCGCACGGCCACUGUGGUGUCCUGCGCAAGGACGGUACGAUCGACAACCGUGCAUCGGUCAAGCGUCUGGUUGAAAUCUCAAUGGCCUAUGCUCGUAACGGCUGCCAUAUGAUCUCGCCCAGCGAUAUGAUGGAUGGACGUAUCAAGGGCAUCAAGGAUGCGUUGGUCGAGGAGGGUAUUGCGCACAAGGUCAGCGUGAUGUCGUACUCUGCCAAGUUUGCAUCGGGCUUCUAUGGACCCUUCCGUGAUGCUUGCCAUUCUACUCCCGGAAGCGGUGACCGUAGAUGCUACCAGUUACCUCCUCAGGCCCGUGGGCUGGCACGUCGUGCUAUUGUCAGGGAUAUGGGCGAGGGAGCAGAUGUUCUAAUGGUCAAGCCAGGCACGCCUUACUUGGAUAUUUUGAGGGACGCUCGUGAGAUUGCGCCCGACUAUCCACUGUCGGUCUACCAGGUCUCGGGAGAGUAUGCCAUGAUCUGGCACGCGGCCAAGGCGGGCGUCUUUGAUCUGAAGACAGGAGUUAUGGAGACCAUGGAUGGAUUCAUUCGAGCGGGCGCCAACUUUAUCUUGACGUACUAUACGCCCCAGGUCUUGGAGUGGCUCAAAGAGGACAAAAAGUAAAAGGAGUAAAGGAACCCUUGUGCCAAAUCAUAUUUGCGGCUGCAGGGGAGGAAGAGCACAAUAAACAAAGCGUUUGAAUACGAUUUACAGGAGCAUUGGUCUUGACGGUAACUGGUGGUGCCACGCUAAUUUUGCGGUAUUCUCCGUGCGUGAUGCGGUCCAGCGGGGCCAUUUGCUCUAGAAUACUGUGGCUACGCAUGAUGAUGACAGGGAGCUUUGCGGCCAGAAUUUGGAGACCUGAUUGGCUCUUUGUGGCAGACGCUGUCAAGACAUGUCCGAGUCUUUGAGAUGAAUUC